AUGACCCGACCACACCCGCCAAAGAAGAAAGUUCACGGCAGGCCUGCCACGCCUGCAGCUCGCCGCCUGCAGCAGGCGCCUCCGCCGUUUGAAAAAAAGAAGAAAAAAGUGGGAGGUCCGAAGGCAAGUCCCGCCUCCUUCACGGACACGCGCGUGACUGCAAAGAGCAAUUUUCUCCUCGCUCGUCAGCGACGACAAGAAGCACAGGAAAAGGAAGAGAGACACAUCUCGGCAAAGAAAAAAGGCCUCUUCGUUUCGCUCAGCCCCCAAGAGGCUGCCAAAGACCUCGAAGAAGCUCUGCAAAAGAUUCGCCAUCCAACGCCUCGAAUUCGUGUGACAGGACUGGUGCAUCUCUCGUCCUCACUUUCUCGUCUCCUUUCCGCCUCGCUUUCCCCUCAAAAAGGAAGUUCCUUUCAGUCGUUUUCUCUUCUGCUUAACCCGCUGCUCCCCGCACUGCUUCCCGCUCUAUUAGGCAGCGGCUUAUCCGAACGCGAUCCGGCAGCUCGCACAGCCGUCCGAGCAGCGUGGGCGAGUCUCCUGUCUCUCGUGUCUCCGAUUCGGGCACGCGGGCGGCGAAGUCUUCGGAGCGCCGGAGGCGCGACCGUGGUCGGUGGCGAGACGGGCCACGAGGCCGCGGCAGAAGAGGAGACAGCAGAAGCGGGGCACCAUGGAGAUGCGCAGAUUCUCUGCGCCCAUAGGAAGAACAUCUCUGUGUUCCUGCAGAAUGGAUUGACAGCGUUGGAGCCUGAGACGCGCCUCGACUCGUUGAGGUUGAUUGACGCGGCGCGGCGUCUGUCUCCUUCGCUUCUCGUUGGGGAAGAAGAGCUACCCUUCAGCAUCAUCAAUGUGCUCACGGCCGGGGCGGCGACGCUGCCUGCGUUCACCUCUCUCGCUCUCCCUCUACUUCUCCAUCUGCUCCCUGCUCAUCUUCCUUCGCUUCCUCUCGCAUCCACGUUCUCGCCUUUGCGCGUUUCGAGGGCGACACGGGCGAAGGCCUCGGUUGCCCCAAAGGCCGAGAUCUGGGCCGCGCUGACUCCGCCGGAGCAGGCUCGGGUCCAGCAGCUUUCCGCCCUCUUCACCAAAACAUGCAAACUCUGGCUACAACUCACCGAGGACUUAAAAAUGACCUGUCGCGCCAGCCCGUCGACUGUCUCGCUCGCCUCGCGCCACGCUGGAGGGCGAGGCUCCGCAGACGUGGACGGCAAGCGCCGUCGCCAGAAGACUGGGAAAGACGACCUGUCCGAGCUUCUUCUCCAGAUGUUCAACUGCCUCCGUCUUCUGUAUCUUCUUCUUCUCGGCGCCCCACAGCUUCUCCCUGACGAGUGCGUUUCGCGUCUGGUGGAAACGGAGGAUGCGGCGAAAAGCGGAGAGCGAGACGCACUUGAAUUGCUAGCGAGCGCCUGCGACUUCCCAGGAAAAGCUCACGCGCUACCCCUCUCCUGCGUCGCCGCUUCUCGCGGCUACGGCGCCGCCGCCGGGGCAGAACGAAACUGUCUCCUUGUUGUUCUUCUUCUGCGUCUCUCGGAAAGUGCCCGUUUAAAGCCGCAGGAUGGAGGCUCCACCGGCAAAGGAAAGCCUUCGCAUAACCAAUCGGGCGAUUCGUUCUUCUUCUUCGUGAAGCACGUCCUGUCUUCUCUUUCGUUCCUGCUCUCCUUCUCGCUUCCCGCGGAAACGCCUCGCGCCUCUUCCUCGUCUCGCUCUGCGCUCCUUCUCGCCCUGCGCCUCGGCCUCGCGUCUCUGACUUUCCGGCUGGCGUCGUUUCCCCUGUCUCCGCUCCUCGCCGCGUCGGGAAGCGGCGCAUGGCCUUCGCACCUUCCUCGCUGCGGGGCCUCAGACGGUCUCGAUGCCUCGCUCGGGACGGGGAAGAAGCGCGGUCGCGACGCAGACCCAGGUAACGUCGGCGGAGGUGACCGGUUUUCCGUUUUGCUUCCUCCUGCGUUUACGUCGCUCUUUCUCUCUUGCUACGUGACUGCGUCUCUUUUUCUCCUGCAUUCCGCGCGGCAGAUGCGCAGCGCCGUCGCUGAUGUGCAGGCGGAACUGCGGGGCGCGGGGCACCGCGCGAAGAGCGCUCACAAGAAGCUUGCAAAGGAGAACAUUUUUCUCCUGAUUCCCCGCAUGGAAACCCUUUCUUCGCCUCCGCCUUCCUGUGUCGCCGUCUCUUCGACAGCCAGCAGCCUCCGCCUGCAAGACACGUCCGCUUCGCCUUGGGGGCGGAUGCGCGGCGCCUGCGAGUCGGUUCGUUUUCCCGCGCGUGUCGCCUUCUCGCUCUCGCGAAGAACAGUUUUUCUAACGGACUUGGUCCUUCAGGCGUGCACGGCUUUCUUCGCCCCGCUGACCCCCGGGUCGCAGGCUGCAGUCGACCGCUUCGCGCGCCUCGCCGAGGGCGAAGCUUCGCGGCGAAUCGCCGUCUCCUCGUCAUCUCCCACCUUCUUCUCGCUCAUUCUCUCGGCGCUCUUUCCUUCCCUCGCAGCGGCCAGCGAGGAGGCUCUUGCGGGGUAUUUCGACGCCCACUCGGACUCCGUGAAAAAGAAAACACUCUUCAAUCCUUCGCUCGUCCACAACUUCCUGGAAGAGCUCCGGCGCUCCGCCUUCCUCGAUGAACUCCUGAGGAACGAACGCGAAGAAGAUGGAGAGGGAGAAGAAGAGAGAGACGAGGGAGAGACGCAGGAGAAGAGAAGGGAGGGGAAGAGCGAAAGCUUGGAUGAGGAACCGACACGCGGGGACACGGCCUCUCUGGUGAAGGAUGUCCUCGACAGACUUGCUGUCCUCGAACAAACGGUAACAAAGAAUCGUUCUCGCGACGACUCGGCGCUUUCUGCUUCCUCGGCGCUUUCUGCUGCGUUCGUCGCUUCGCGGAACACCGGACAGACUGACCCGCGUCGGAGGCAGUUCGCCGCGCUCGCCGAGCUGAAGAAGGAAAGAGCCGAGCCCACACAGGCGCAGCGUUCGAACGAGAUGGAAAAUCACUCACCGCGGGAACAGAGCCGCGCUGCCUCAGCAUGCGUCCUCGGAAUCCAGGCUAUCCUCGUUGAAUCCGUCUCCCUUCUUCUCUCUCUCCCUCUCGUCUCGCCGUACCAGGACACAGUCUCCAAAGGAAUAAGACGCAAGCAGGCAGUAGAAGGAGAGAAGGAAGAUGAAGAGGAAGAAGAAGAUGAAGAAGAAGAGGGAGAACAAGAUGAAGAGGAAGAAGAAGAUGAAGAAGAAGAUGAAGAGGAAGAGGGAGAUGGAGAGGAGGAAGAGGAAGAUGGAGAGGAGGAAGAGGAAGAUGGAGAGGAGGAAGAGGAAGAUGGAGAGGAGGAAGAGGGAGAUGGAGUGGAGGAAGAGGGAGAUCUCUCGUCUGUUUCUCGUUCGGAGAAGGACGGAGCAACGGAAGUGGCAAACGACGAGGCAGAAGGUAAACGGGCUCCACGAAGGGGAGAGAUGACGAAUGGAGAUGCACGCUGCAGGCCUUCACUUAGCGGAACCAACUCCGCAGAAGACGCUUCUUCUGGAGCGUGUGCGACUUCCGUUCCGCCGGGUGCGCAGCGCGCCUUUCCUGCGUCGGCAGAGAGAGUUACCGAAGACGGCAUCACUCAACUUUCUGUGACGCUUCUGCCUCUGGCGUUUCUCCUCUUGGGCGCUCCGCCGACGGCGGUCGCUGCGACUUUGCCAUCUUUCCUGUCUCCGCUGUAUCGCGCGUUUUUCGCCGUUCUCGAAGACCCGCCCUUCACGACGUCUGGGCACGCGUGCCUUGCCCAGGGCCUCUCCAGCUGCGACGCCACAGGCGACGGCCAACAUGCGCAGGCGAAGAAAAGACAGAAAAGGCAGACGCCGAGAGGGACAGGAGGCACACGCGAGGAACCGGGGGAGACGUUGCCCCACACGACAGCGAACAGGAGCGGUGCACUGGAAGAAGAGAAGGCGAAUGGCCUCGUGAGAAAAGUGAAGAGCGACUCACGCGGAAACCCCAGAAAUCUCGCGUGGGGAAGUCUCGUGGGGCAGAUGUACGUCAAACUGUGUUUGACAGUCGCUGAUCUCGUUGAGAACGAAGCUGAAGGUGAACGAGGAGAGAAAGAAGAACGCAAAGACCGAGAAGAAAGCGUCGAAGAGGAGAGGAAAGGGAGAGAAUCCGAGACAGAGGGAAGGCAAGCACACGUCGACGCCGCAUGCGUUCACCAGACUGUGGAGAUGGCAAACUGGAUCGCGCAUGUCAUGCGCCACGUUGCUCUCCGUCGAGCAGAUCACUUCCUCCCUCGUCUUCUUCGCACGGUGGUGAUGCCUUCCCCCUCCGCGUCGCUGCGUCUUCCAUCUUCCUGGCCUUCUCCGUCGUCCCUUCUGUCUCCUGGAAGCUCUGCCCCGCAGAACCUCAUCUGUCCCCAUGGUAGUACAUAUCCGAGGAAGGCAGUGGCUAUAGUAAGUAGAUAUAAAGAGGGCGACUGUCCGCGCGCCGACUCGUCUCUUCUCCUUUCGCGCGCUUCUCGGCGCGAAGCCGAAGCUUGCCAAGGCCUUCUCGAGGUUCUUCUUCGCAGCCUGGGGCCCAGCAGUUCGAGCCUCGCCCUGUGCGCAGCCCCCGAAACAGAGCGGGAGAACGCGCAGAAAACGCUCGCAUCCCAAUCGCUCGAGAAAGUGCUCCUCUCGCUUCUGUGUAGCGCCACGAAGCCGUUCGCGUCUGGCGACUCUCAGGAAGACGUGGGAAGCCCCGCGACCGCAGCUGUCAGGCCAGCGAGCGACGGCGGCCGAGACGAGCGGAUGCAAACGAGAAGAGAGCUCGACAGAGAGGAGGAGGGAGGCGAAGACCCCAAUGAAGAGAUGUCCUGCGCCGACAAGCGGACGGAGGCAGUUUCUGUCUCUCCCGCACAAACGACGCCGCCUCGCGAUGAAGCGGGUUCUUCCUCUUCCUCGCCUUCGGGUGCUUCGUGUCCCUCCCUGCGCUUCUUCCUUCCCGCACAUCUGCCGUCGCUCUUGCGCGUCGCAGCCAAGGUGUCGACGGACAUUCAAAGAGAAGCUUUCCUUCGGUUCCCGUCUCUCGUGCGCGCGCAGCACGCGGCAGCGGCCAGGCAGCGAGAGGCGCGUGUGGAGCGAAACCUGGCGGGGACCGAGGCGCGCCGCGAACCGUGCACGCAGGCGCCAGGGGAGGGAUGUUGCCCGCGAUGCGCAAUCCUCGACUCCAGCUUUCUGCCAAUCGUCGAAUCGGUUCUCAAGUUCUCCACCGCGCCGCAGCCCCAUCCAGCCUCUGCUGCAGCUGCUGUCUCUUCUCUCUCCGCUUCUUCGCUCUCUGUUUCGCCGGAGGCAAGUGAUAGUCACAGCGUUACGGCGUUCGUGGCUGCUUUUGGCCGUUUGCAUGCAGUCGCGGCGACGCUGUUCUUUCUCCGCGAGUGUCUGGCUGAGAUCGGUCCCUCGUUUCUGUUUCUCGAAGCGCCCCACAGCGUGCAGAGCUCAGCCACGCCGCGCUUUGUGUUCUGCUCGCCUGCGUCCGCUUGGCGCUCCCUGCCUUCUGCCGAGGCCGUCGCCCACGCUGAGUCACAGGGCCCACUGCAGUGUCCGUACACUCCGGGUCAUGCCGCUUGCCCUCCAAAGACGGAUUACUAUCUGUCGCAAAAAUGCAGAGGUUUGGUCGGUUCCCUGGCAGGUAGAGUCGAGGCGGGAGGGGAAGAGACAACUUCCGAAACGCCAACCUUCACAGAGUGGCUAGCGUCGCAUCCGCGUCUCUCCCCGGUCGCGUCGGGACUUCGCCUGCUUCUUCUCUUUCUUCGAAACCCCCUUCUCGUCGCCCUCGCGUCGCCCCUGGCUUCGGAUGCUUCAUCUCCCUCUUCUUCGCUGCCAGCUGCUGCGCGAGGAGCCGAGCGGGUGCGUCGCCUGCUGGGCACCAUGUACAAUCUCAGUGCGUCGGGCCCCUGGGGAUUUGUCGAAGGGGUGGGAGCAGGGAGAGAAGACGAGGAAAGCAGAGAGGAAACGAGGUCCGCUGCGGGAGACGAAGCGGACGAUCUUUCUCUGAAUGCGGUGCUGAGCGCCCGGUUGAGGAAAGCGACAGUGGAAGAAGAGAUACAGGACGGAAAAACCUGCAUUUCCGAUUCGGAUAGCCGCGAUGCAACUGCCCUCCUCGGGUUGCUCGUCGACACCGUAGGCGCAGUUGCCUGUCUGUGUCCUUGCAUGCCUGCAUGCGAGAGAGCGGGGUCACAGGAAGGGAAGGAAGACGGAGACGGCGAGUCGCUCACGUUUUUCACGCGCUUCUUCAGGUUCUUCGUCUUCCUCUUAAGGACGUUCGACAUACUGCUUCGAGAGCAAAUUGAGGGCUUUUCAGCUGCGUGCGAAACGCAAGAAAGAGGCGCCCGAGAGACCGAGACGCACAGAAGCCAAGAAGGCGGAGAACACAGGAAGAACGGCCACGGAGAAGAAACCCACGCCCCCGGAAAAUCUAACGGCGAGCGAGGUGAACGUCGACAAACCAGAGAGCAUGGGAAAGACGGCAGGGAACGAGAGGAUGCAAAAACGCGUGCUGCCCUUGCCUUGCUCGAUUCGUUUCUUCUGCAAGAGAAGCGGAAGGUAGACAGCAGAGAGGGAAGCAAGGGAGAAGGCCAGUCGGCGAAAGAGGAGUCGGCUUUUGCAUCUGCGACCAAACGGACAAAAGGGGCUCUGGAGAGAGAAAAACAAACUGAGACAGAGCGACGAGACGGCGUCGAGGCGGACGAGGCAGUACCAGAGCGAAGCGAGCGUCUUGAAGUUCUUUUGACGUGUCUGGCGAUCACCCUUGGGCUCCACGACCGCGUCCGCACGCGACUGGCAGAGACACACUUUGGGGCGAGACGAGCGGACCGCAUGCAUUGGCUGGGCGUGUAUCGGAAGGCGAAGGCCGAGGAGCGAUGGAGAAAAAGAGAAGCGGAGAUCCCGCUCUGGCGUCGCAUUCUCGCGGAGCGAGACUUCGCCCCAUGGGAGCGCGACCGGGGAGAGGCCAGCGAAGGGAGAAGGCUCGGCGUAGGACAGCCGCAUUCCGCGUUCUUGCCGCCUCCUAUUCGGAGCGAGGAGCGCGGGGCGAGCAGCGAUGCGGCACAGGGAAGAGAGGAAUCCGCGUUGCUUUCGGAGGAGGAAGAAGACGAGGCGCUAGACGCACUGGAGAGAAGAGAGCGAGAGAACGAAGAACGCGAGUGGAACGUGAUUCUCUGCAGAGAUGAAAGUGGAGGUCAAGUCGUCAGAGAGAUCUGCAAUGGUUUGCUUCAAGUCACGCUGCCGCGUGCUGCGAAAAUCCUGAGUCGAACCGAAAGUGAGAACGCGAAUGCGCGCGUUCUACGUUUCAUCAGCCGACACUUGGCGAGUCUCUGUAGCCCUCCUAUGCUGGCGUAG